AUGCUAGAAGUUGCAGGUUCUUCUGACGUUGAUGAUCCAGAUAAACAUAAUUAUGACGAGUUGAAGUUAUCACACAAUUUAUUAGAAUCCUUUAAUUUCAUUUUUGGGAAAGAAAAAUACCUUGGCAAGCCUGUACCAGAUAAUUUAGUUUUAAUUGGUUUAUUGUCUAAGAAUAAUGAAUUGGUGUUUAAAGGAAUGAUGAGAAUUGAUGAUUUUUUGAUCCAAAAACAAUUAUUUGUGGCUGAGGUUCCAAAUGAUUUCUUAUUUUCUUUUGAGGAAAUGAGAAAUCUAUUAACAAAGAUGCUGACUGUAUCGAAUGUGGUACAAAAAGACUGA